AUGGAUAAUAAUCAUCACAUUGACGACAAUGAUGAAUUCUUCGAUGCCGACGAUACCGAUCAUUAUAUUGCCAGUAUUCAACGAGAUUUAAUGAGAAGUUGGAAUCUUAUUUGUCGAAAACAAUACGGUCGAACUAAACUUCCUGUAGCAAUGUUUGAUCGAUCACAAAUAAGUAUUUGGAGUAUACUUAAACAAUGCAUUGGAAAAGAAUUAUCUAAAAUAACAAUGCCAAUUGCUUGGAAUGAACCUGUUUCAUUUUUACAACGUUUCACAGAAAAUAUUCUUUAUUCAUAUUUACUUGACAAAGCUGAUGAAUGUAAUGAUCCACUUAUGCGAAUGCAGUAUGUUGCUGCAUUUGCUGUAUCAUCGAUUGCGGGCAAUAUUGAUCGUUUAUCAAAACCAUUUAAUCCAUUACUUGGUGAAACAUAUGAAUUCAUUGGUGAUGAUCUACCAUUUCGUUAUGUAAGUGAACAGGUUAGUCAUCAUCCACCUGUAAGUGCAUUUACAUGUGAAUCAAAAGAUGAUGGUGCACGAUGGAAAUUUUAUGGAAGUAUUUUGCCAAAAGCCAAAUUUUCAGUUAAAAACAUGGAAGUAAAUCCAAAAGGAUUAUUAACACUUGAACUUAAACGACACAGAGAAGUUUAUACAUGGUCAAGUGUAACCUGUACAAUUCAUAACAUUGUUGUAGGUCGACUUUGGUUUGAAUAUCAUGGUACUAUGGAAAUUAUAAAUCAUUCAAAUAAAAUGAAAGCUAUCAUACAUUUUAAACCAUAUUCAUGGUCAACAAAAGAAUUACAUAAAGUUGAAGGUUAUAUUCUUGAUUCGCGAAAACAUAAAGUGCGUGGUUUAUAUGGUUUUUGGACAGAUGCAUUAUAUUCCAUUGAUAUCGAGCAAUUUGAAACAUUUUUAAAACAACAAAAAAAAGAUGCAAAAAGUGCUGCAAAACAUCCACAAGAACAAAUUGGAAAUUCGGCAUCGUCAACAGAUAAUGUUGAUCUAGAUGAAGAAGUACCCGAUGUUGAUCCAUCACAUGAACAACUUAAUCUUCCGCCGAAUUCAAUAACACUUUGGCGAAUUAUACCAAAAUUAGAUUAUGCAGCUCAAUAUUAUAAUUUUUCUUUAUUUACUAUGGCACUUAAUGAAUGGACAGACGAAGAUCAAAAAUUGCGUCCACCACUACCCCCAACAGAUUCACGAUUUCGUCCAGAUAUUCGUAAAAUGGAAGAAGGUGAUAUCGAUGCAGCUGGAGAAGAGAAAAAUCGUCUGGAAGAAAAACAACGUGAAACUAGACGAGCAAUGGAAAAACAUCGAGAAGAAUGGCAACCAAGAUGGUUUCGUCUUGUUAAACAUGAAGUAACUGGACAUGAAGUAUGGGUAUCAAACGAAAAAUAUUGGCAACGAAAUUGGACCAAUUGUCCACACAUCUAUUAG